GACGAAUUCACCAAUGACAAGACAACAUGUCUGCGUCCAUAAGAAAUAUCUAACAAAAAUAAAUGUGAAAUAAAUAUGUCAUUAUAACAUUACAGAUUUAAAAACAAUGGCAGAAAUUAAAGUGACACCUCUUGGAGCUGGACAAGAUGUUGGCCGCAGUUGUAUCCUUCUGACGAUCGGUGGAAAGAACAUUAUGCUGGAUUGUGGGAUGCACAUGGGAUUUAAUGAUGAGAGACGAUUUCCAGACUUUACUUACAUCACAAAGACCGAGAAACUGACUGACUAUUUUGAUUGUGUUAUUAUCAGUCACUUCCAUCUUGACCACUGUGGAGGGUUGCCGUACAUGUCAGAGAUCAUUGGAUAUGAUGGACCCAUCUACAUGACCCACCCCACCAAGGCCAUUUGUCCUAUACUGCUUGAAGACUACAGGAAAAUAAUGGUCGACCGGAAAGGAGAGAAGGAUUUCUUCACGUCCGACAUGAUCAAAGCCUGUAUGAAGAAAGUGGUCACCAUUAAUCUUCACCAGUCCAUUCAGGUGGAUGAUGAACUGGAGAUUAAACCGUACUAUGCCGGCCACGUCCUUGGAGCAGCCAUGUUCCACAUCCGAGUCGGUCAGCAGUCGGUCGUGUACACGGGUGACUACAACAUGACUCCAGACAGACAUCUUGGAGCUGCGUCUAUAGACAAGUGUCGGCCCGAUCUGCUGAUUUCUGAGUCGACUUACGCCACAACGAUACGAGACUCUAAGAGAUGUCGUGAGCGUGACUUUCUUAAGAAGGUCCAUGACUGUGUUGAUAAGGGUGGAAAGGUCUUGAUUCCGGUAUUUGCGCUGGGUCGAGCGCAGGAGCUGUGUAUUCUACUGGAGACGUACUGGGACAGAAUGAACCUCAAAGUGCCCAUCUAUUUCUCUCUCGGUCUCACUGAAAAGGCCAACCAUUACUACAAGCUGUUUAUAACGUGGACCAGUCAGAAAAUAAAGGAAACAUUCGUCAAAAGAAACCUCUUUGAAUUCAGCCACAUCAAGCCCUUUGACCGAGCCUACAUCGAAAACCCAGGUCCGAUGGUUGUGUUUGCAACUCCAGGAAUGCUGCAUGCUGGGUUGUCGUUACAGAUCUUCAAGAAGUGGGCUCCCGUCAAGGAAAACAUGAUCAUAAUGCCCGGAUAUUGUGUCGCGGGAACAGUUGGCCACAAGAUCCUGAAUGGAGUGAGAAAACUGGAAUUUGAAAAUAAACAAACUCUGGAUGUCCGCCUGUCCGUCCAGUACAUGUCGUUCAGUGCGCACGCGGACGCGAAGGGCAUCAUGCAGCUCAUCUCGCACUGUGAACCACGCAGUGUGAUGCUCGUGCACGGAGAGGCUGCCAAGAUGGGCUUCCUACAGAGCAAGAUUCAACAGGAGUUUGGUGUUGACUGUACAUUUCCAGCCAAUGGGCAGACAAUUACCAUACCAACAAAACACAGUAUCUCGGUAGACGUGUCUCUCAGUUUACUCAAGAGAGAAGCUCACCUAGCCAGCUUAUCUCCCCCUGAUCCUAAAAAGCGUAAAGUCCUCCAUGGUGCUCUGUUGGUGAAAGGCAAUAAGCUACAGCUGGUGGAGCCAAGUCACGCGUUCCGCGAGCUCGGACUGGAGGAACACCACCUACGCUUCACGUGCACAGUGACCGUGGAGGAGGACGGAUCCAUCAACCAGACGGCCGACAAAAUCUACCAGCUCAUCAGAGGAAAGCUAAAGGAAUGCCCUGUACAGUAUUCAUCAGACGGGUCCAUCACGGUGUCUGACGUUCUCAUCAAAGUGUCGGGGGACGAAGACACGAAACACAUCCUCGUGUCCUGGUCACAUCAGGAUGAAGAUCUUGGCAGUUACCUGCUGCAGCUCAUACGAACUGAGUAUACUCAGACUUGAGUCAUGUGACCCGAGUACACUCGGAUGUGAGUCAUGUGAGGGUGUCCAUUGAAAUGUUUGGCUGGUGCAUCUGUUAUAUAGACUACUGUUAUUUUGGUGACACACCUGUCCAGAGACAAAAUCUAGAAGAAUCUAGUGUUCAUAUUGGAGUGUCAUGAAAGAUUCAAUCACUGUAUGCAGUGUUUACGUUUUCUGUGCAAAGAAUCUAUGAAUAACCAAACAUUCCGAAGAAAGAAUCUGGAAGAAUCUCGUGUUCAUGCUGGAGUGUCAUGAAAUAUUCAGUCAUUGUAUACAUUGUUUACGUAUUCUGUAGAAAGAAUCUAUGAAAAGACUAACAGUUUUUGAUAAAUGAAAAAGGAAACAUUUGGAGAUGAAGUUAGAGUCGGAAUGUAGCCCAGUGCUAAACUGCUCGCCUGAUGUGUGGUCAGUUCCGUUGGUAGUCCAUUUCUCAUUCAAGCUAGUGCACCACGAAGUCUGUGGUAUGUGCUAUCCUGUGCAUAUAAAAGAUUCCUUGCUACUAGUGGAAAAAUGUAGUGGGUUUCCUCUCUAAGACUAUGUCAGAAUUACCAAAUGUUUAACAUCCAAUAGCUGAUGAUUAAUAUAUCAAUGUGCUCCAGUGGUGUUGUUCAAUAAAACAAACAACAUGAAGUGAUUAAAAUGUUAGAAAUUAGAAAAAAAACUAAACAUUUUGUCUUUCAAGCAGUCUUUAUGCAUUCUGUAGACAGAUUGUACAGAAAUACAAAAAGUUGUUGACCGAUGAAAAUGAAAACAUUUUGUGUUGUUAGAGUCAACAUGAAUUUAUUAAAAUGCGAGAGACAGUAUAUUAAAAAUCCAAUACAAUUGACAAUGUAGGAAAAUCAGAAGAUAAAAAAACGUUUUGUAUUUUUUUGAGAUGGACAUGGGUUUUUUAAAAGCACUGUGGACUGCUUGCUUGUCUCACAAAAAUCAAAUGUUUUUCACACAUGCUGUUAAAACAGAUGUCAAGAAAUCAUAUUAAGACUGAUUUCAAAUAAGGAAAAAAAUAAAUAUAUAUAUAUA